CUAGAAUGCUUCAAAGCGAUGUCUUGAAAACCGAUGAAGAUUGUAACAAAGAAUGCGUUAGCAAGAAUGGGCUCUCAUCGGAUUCUGGGUUUCCAGAAUCUGAUCACAAUGAAACUAAGUUUGCACCGGAAGCCGCCGCCUCUGAUGACGGCUCUUGGCCCUGUCCACGAUGUACUUAUCUAAAUUAUUCCAAGUCAAGCAGAUGUUCGAUGUGCAACUGUCAAUUGGCACCUGAGGAUGAUAAUCUCGGAAACACAUUAAGCUCCCACGAGCCGGUACUGAUUGAUGAGCAGCCCGAAAGGAACGAGCUGGAGAGUAGGAACGACUCACCUCUGCCCUCGUCAAGCGCUGCACUGAAUAACUUUCAAUCCCUUAUAGAAAAAGAUACUACUGUGAGUCGAGAACAGCAUAAUCACAGUGAUUCGAUUGCAUGCAAAAGUUAUGAUAAAGAAGAGGCGCAUAAUACAGAACUGAUUGAAUCGGUUGCUAAUUUUGCAGACUCUAAAGGUAUCUGCUCUUCGGCCAGUGACGAAAAUGAAGCAAACCAAGUUCCACAUAUCAUUUUGAGUUCUAACCAAAAAUGGUCCUGCCCUCGAUGUACUUUUUACAACUGGCCCAAGAGCAAAGUUUGCGUUGUAUGUCGAGCACCGCCAAAUUGGACGAGUAAGAAAAGAAAUCCUAGCGAUGGAAACAACAGCGACUCUUUCUCUAAAUCAAGGUCCCCGGAGAUAGUUUCAAGCGAUGAUGGUAGUGGCGGAUCUACGAUAUCACUCAGCGACACUAAUUCAAAACAGGCUAAGAAAGGUUUGAAACAGAAAUGGCACUGCAUUUGUUGCUCAAAUGAGAAUUCUUGGAAAUCACAGAAGUGCGCUGCUUGUGGAAAGAAAAAAGUUUUGUCGAUUCCUGACGAGCAGCUUGGCAGAGAUGUACAAAAACAAUCUCCACCUGUCACCGUGAAUAGAAAAUCCGGCAAUAAGGCUAACAGCUCUAGGAGUAGAGAAGCUGUGUUUACGAUAGAAGAGAGAAUGAAACGAUUAAAUAUACGCAAGAAAAGUCCUGUGGACUCGAAACGGAAAGGUUUCUCAGGGACAGCAAUGGACCAAUCUGCUAAAGAUAUUUGCGCAUUUUCUUAUCAGAAAUACUUUCAGAGCAAUAACCGUUUCUCCAUUAGCAAACUUGACUGGAUGUUUUUGCAAGCUUGUUGGGCUGUUUCAGCGGGUGCGAUCGAGCCCGUGGAAGCUUACAUCAUUGCAGGUGGUGACAAGAAAAGGAUACUAACUUCUUGUGAAGCAAAUAUUCUAGAUCUUCCAGGAGUUGUCGAACGGUUCAAUCUUAUGAUGAUCGCCUUACUGUUCAAGCGAACCCGUAUUAUUGAAAUGCUGAUGUCACAAGAAAAGCUUUCAAGCUUCAGCGCGCCAAGCAAGUAUCCAGCAUGUGUUGUCUCUGCAGACCUUACGAACAAUAUUUUGCGGACUAUUGCCAAUAAUUUUGCUACAAAAAGUGCAGGAUUCAGGUGUUAUUUUCUUCAGGACAACGUCCAGACAUAUGGGUUACCAGCAGAAAUUCACAAUCUGCCGAGAAUAAUUCAGAAGCAGCUGAUGAAUGAGAUAGUUGACCAGUCUGUGAAGCGGGAACUGGAAAUAGAGAAUAGUGUCAUAAAUUGGAACAGAGAAGUGGCCGUGAAGCUGAAGAGCAAGUUGCGACCCCUUUGGAACCGAACUGCCGGUGACUGUCUUCUGGACGCAGUUCUCCAAGCCACGUGGGGUGUGUUCGACACUCAGAAUCUGUUAAGGAAGGCUCUAGCGGAUAAUCUCAAAGCGACUCCAGUGCCUCCGUCUGUUAUGACUGCAAGUCAAUCCAACUCCUCAUCAAUGGCCCAUCAAAACUCGCUUCCAUCUGCUGGUGCUAUGGCCACGAACAUGACUCACAAUAUGGAGAACUUCCCUAGUCAAUUUCAGAAUAGCAGGUCCCUGUAUCAGAGAUGGCGAGAGCAAGAGAUGCGCAAUGCAGCAGAUGCUGGCUUCUCUCUAGACGCCAAACAGCUGGAAGAGGAGUGGCACACUCUGGUUCGGAUAGCCGCACAGCCGGGACAACCUCUGGAGCAGCUGCACAUAUUCGUGCUCGCUCACAUUCUGAGAAGACCCAUCAUCGUGUAUGGAGUGAAGAUGGUCAAGUCAUUCCGAGGCGAGGAGAUAUCCCCCGCCAAGUUCGAGGGUGUAUAUUUGCCGCUACUGUGGGAGCCUUCGUUCUGCAAUCGCAAUCCCAUCUGUCUCAGCUACACACCUGGACAUUUCUCUGCCCUCGUCACCUUAGAAAGUUCAAAUGAUGCCCAGUGCCACGUGUGUGGAAGCAGUGGCACGAUCACCAAUGACUCAAAUUCCCCUCAACAUCGCUGUGCGAAUGGCACCCCUUCCCAUCCCCACUCUCAUCCGCACCCGGCACAGCCGCCGCAGAAGUUCGAGAGUCCGAACUACUACCUGCCCCUGGUGGACUCGGACUUCGCUCAGUUGCCAGUACACUUCCUCCUCAACUCAGAGGCUGGCCAGGAAGACAUUCUGUUGAACCAGAUGCUGGACUGCAUAGUCACCCCUGGAGGGAUUCUGGUGGCACGCUUUCUGGCUAACUGCUCAAACGGGGGAAUUGGCGGCGGAGUAGGAGGAGGAGGAGGUGCAGCAACCAACCCUCCUACUCAUACUUCUUGCACUCCCCCCCUCGCACACCCCGCCCCUCCUUCAACCACCCACCCCUUAGUACAAACGAUGAAUAAUUUGUGGCUGGACAGGUACAGGGUGCUGGCGAGUACGAUGAACCAGUCGGAAGACGAGAGUGGCGACGAACUCAUCGACGACAACAGACGCAGCCGAGCACUUCUAACAACCACCAUUCAGUGAUUUCCUACUACCCGCGGUCAAUUGACAUCCCGUUUACGUCAGAAAGACUAGUCAAAACUAAAUCACCCAAACUCAAAGCUCCUCAGAGCUUCAAUAUUAGUACUUUAUAGUGUAAACUCCCGAAAAAACUUUGCCUAAUUUUUGUUCAAAAGCAUUCACUUCUCACUCACGAAAUUUCAAAUUUCACCAAAAUUAUGCGAAAUAAUGAGUUUUUCAUUUUUCUUCGAUAUUCUGAUAUUUUUGUUUGAUACAAAACUUCUCGUCAGAUCAGAGUUGUCAAUGCGAUUUCAUUCUGUGAAUUUUUUAGUUGUAUAAAGGAAAUGGUUAGAAGUGGUGCCCGUAGAUACUAGUCUCUAAAUUUAUGUCAUUUUGAGUAAAUAUUUAUUCAGGAUACUAGUAGUCAAAGUUCACAUAAUAACCGUAACUUAUUCACAUCAUCAACAGUGAACAAAGUCAUGUACAUGAACAAUGCUUACUUAAUUUAGCCCCAAGGUCAGGAUUCUUUUAAAGAGUAAUACAUCCGCCUAUUUUUGCCGAGUUGUGAUAUUAUAGGUAUUUUGACGAAAUGACAAAACUAUGACCAUAUUUACGUAGAAAGGUUAUAAGUGCAUUUGAUACAAAUGAUUAUCAAUGUGUAUUACGUGUACUGACUGAGAGUUAAGUUAAUAGUUGUGAUAUGUGAACAGAAUUUACGUGACAAAAUUAAAAUUUGACUAAUGUUCAAAUAUUCUGUUACCUAGAUGUUCAUGCGUUCACUGUUGAUUUUGCAUUUCUUCAACAUUAAUAUGCAGAUUGUUUUUCAUGGCUUUUUGAUGUUCUACCGUGGCGAUGAUAAAUUGGAUGAAGUUUAUACGAUGUAUCCCGGAUUAAUUGCGCCAUCAUGAUUUUAUUAGGCACUGCAUUGCAUAUCUCAUCACUAUAUCUAUAUACUCCUCGGAAAAGCCCCGAGGUUUAGCAAAAUACUCUCCUCCUUGACAAUACUUAUUGAUAAAUUAGCAGUUAGUAGACAGAUGUUUCUAGACUAGAUAUACUUUAACUAUAGAAUAUAAUACACUACUCUAAUUACAUUUCCAAAUACUAAGCUUUGUGCAAUAAGAAAUAAAUGCGUUUCAUUUGUUCACUGUUCUAUUUUACUCGAAACUGCAGAUGAAAAUAACUCUUCUUUGA